AGCCUGCCUCCUAUUGGUUCGCGCUUUGCAGAGAACACACCUGAUUGGACAGAAUGUGCUGCUACGUCAGAGAGACCCAGGAACACAUUGAAAACACAUGAGACAUAAUUGUGUAAGUGUCCCUUUCUGCAACUAACAGAGCAUUAUGCCGACGUCUCCUGUUAAUACGAGGAUCCCUCUCACCAGCUUCGGCCACCUCAUCACAGAGGUGAAGAGGCAGCUGUUUGGCAUUGAGGCCCCGGCUUCUGUGGAACUGACUGGUUGGAGGAAGUACUUUAAUAGCUACACUCUGCAGGGUCGCAGAAAUUGUGUCUUGGCUACUUAUGGUCUGUUUGCUGUAACAGCAGCAGCCUACUGGAUGCACAGAAAAAACAAAAAAGAAAUCCAGGCGUCCAGCUCCACGGCCUGAAACAUCAGCGACCUCUUACAGUGACGUUUAUAUUCACUAGUGAUAAAUCAUGAUGUGAAGAAACAGAAAGAAACGACGUUACACUGCCUCCGAGUGUGAGGAAGUUUAGAGCUGAAAUCUACUUUGUUAAUAAAUGCUUUGUAAAUGCUGG